GGGAAGCGGCGGGGAGGAGACAGGCUGCAGCCAAGGCAGUUACACGUUUUCCCCCCAGGAGCCUCCGAGGUCACGGGCUUGGGGAAGGGGACGCGGAGGGGCGAGCAUGGCGGGGCCCGCGCUGUCUCCCGGGCUCAGCAACUGGUUGGUGCUGCUGCUGCUGCUCCUCUCAGGUGAGACGGUGCUGGAGGCCGAAACAAAGGAACUCCGGGAUCCCAAAGGAGGCGCUUGCUCCCGGAUCUGGCAGCACCCACGUUUCGUGGCCAGGAAACGGGGCUCCAUGGUGGAAAUCAGGUGCUACGUGGAGGACCCCGGCAUCGUAAGCUGGCUCCGGAAGCAGGAGGCGGACUUGGAGCCCAAGAUAUUUCCGCCCGAAGAGGGCCGCAUCAUCCAGAAUCAGACCACCUCCGAGGCCACUCUCAUCAUCCAGGGUGUCCAGUUUCAGGACAACGGUGUCUAUUACUGCAAGCAGGAGUGCUCCAAGGAGCCCCUGAGGACAGAGCAGGGCUGUGGCACUGAGCUUCGGGUCAUGGGGUUCAGCACCCUGGCACAGCUGAAGCGGCGGAACACGCUGAAGGAUGGCAUCAUCAUGAUCCAGACCCUGCUCAUCAUCCUCUUCAUCAUCGUGCCCAUCUUCCUGCUCCUGGACAAGGUGACGGGGACAGGGGGGCCGGGAAGCAGCCGGAGGGCAGGCCAGACGUGCGCGGGGUCUCCGUUUCCCCAGAGCCUGCCCGCUGACUCGCCUCGUCAGCUACUCCUUCGUGCGUCAGCUCUUCUUGCGGAGUGCACCUCACCCCUGACCUCUCACCUUUUACCUCUCACCUCUCACCGGGGCCAAUCUCCUGGGGCCUCCGCAGCCUGGCCCAGCGGUGGAGGGGGUGGGGAUACUAACGCUCUGCUCUCCAUCCUUACCCGCCAGGACGACAGCAAGCCUGGGAUGGAAGAGGAUCACACCUACGAGGGCCUGGACAUUGACCAGACAGCCACUUACGAGGACAUAGUGACACUGCGGACAGGGGAGGUGAAGUGGUCGGUGGGUGAGCACCCUGGCCAGGAGUGAGGGGCCGGCCAUCCCUGCGCCCCCGGGCCCAGCCUGCUGGACCCUCAUUGACUGCUUCAGAGCCGCCUGGCUCCCAGCCCACCCCCCUUUCUCUGGAGCCCCUGUCAGCCUCCAAAGCUGGCCAGCCAGAUCCGCCUGUCCCUCCCGCCCUUGGUCCCCAACUCUCACCGGAGGGACUGGAGUGGAAGGGCCGCAGGGCAGUGAUUUGGAGGAGGGAGUUCUCUGGGGCUAGACUGGACCCAGCCCUCUGGGGGUGCCGUGCGGAGAUCCACGCCCCGUUCAGGAUGGAGAAGGCAGAGACGUGUCUGGAACCUAUAGAUGGACUCAGAGCAGACCGGCUUUCUGCGGAGUCUAGGAAGGGCCAGGGCCCACCCCGAUGUGGCCACGGAGGGGCCACCAAGAGCUUCAUCCCUCUCCUACCCUCGCCCACCCCAGGGGCUCCUGGCCUCAAACCCAUUCUCCCAUGGAAUAAACAGUGUGUCUUGAGAAACCACA